AUGGAGAAAGAAAAAAAAAGGCGUAAGGAGUCUUUGACGGAAAAUGAAAAAUUAAAUCGGAUGUUAGUAUACAAACGUAUGUUUCGGGCAGAGGUGAGAAAAGUGAUUGCCAAUCGAUAUUGGUUGGAAGAGAUGGACGAACGAAAAAUACUGGGCGACAAUGUCAAACAAAAUUUUCUUUUAAUUACAAAGAAGAAAAUAAGGACGGAUCUUAAGUUGGAGGAAAAAGCUCUUCUGCGAAAACCAACAAAUUUACGAACGACCGAAGAAAUGAACAAAAUCUUUUCUGUUAUCGGUUCUCUAAAAUGUUUCACAAAAUACGACGAUCAAGUCCAACUGCAGCUGGCAGGACGAAUGCUUUUUGAAUAUUACGGGAAUGAUCGUUGUAUAGUGAGACAGAAUCAUGAAGGUUUGAAGAUGUUUGUUAUAUCUUCUGGAAGAGUUGUUAUUUCACAACAAGCCAUUGAUCCCGCGACUGGUGACAUGGUUUCUUUCGAAAUUGGAAUUAUGGAAAAAGGUGAAAUGUUUGGGGAAUAUUCUCUCCUGCACGGGAACAAAAGAUUAGCAACAAUCACAACUAUAGGUGAUUGUGAGUUCCUAACACUUAACAAGACAGACUUUAACGAAGUGUUGAAAAAGUUUUUAAUAGACGAAUGGGAUCAGAUUGAACAAGCAAUGAAUCAGUUUAUUUAUUUUAAUGGAUGGAACGCUGCUACUAAACGAGAAUGCUGCAUUUUAUCGAAACUGAAAACGUACGAAGCCGGUGAAACUUUAGCAGGCGAUACGUUAGGAUCGACUGAGUACACGUUCUUCUUAUUAAAAGGAACUUGUCAAUUAGUAGAACACUUAUUGGUCACAAGUGUAAACAGGAAAGGUGUUAAAUAUUUUCGGCAGUGGAAACCUUCUGAAGAUGAUAAUAGCGAAGAAUGGUUAGAUAAGAUGCGGGUGAGAUCCACGCUAGGACGCUUAGGUCAAAUUGAACCUUUAAUAGAUCUUCAUAAUAAAAUGAGCUCAGCUCAAGUCUUACCACCAUCAAGUUCUGAAACAGAAUUACAAAGCACCGUCCAAAAACAAGAGUCACAUGAAUAUAUUCAAGAUAAUUUGGAAGAGUUUUUUAAUUAUACCAUAAACGAAGUAGAGCAAAUGCGAACGAAGCGUACAACACCUCCGAGUUUACAAACAAAAAUUCCUUCCAAUGUAGAAGUCUACUAUAUGCAACUUUGUAUUUUUAAAGAAUUGUCUUGCUUUGCUAUUGGAGAACAAUUGAAAAACCGUCGAAUAAUAGCAUUGACGCCCGUGAAUGUUUUGGAGAUUCCUAGAUAUUUUCUUUUUGAUAAAAACGUCGGUAAUAUUUGGAGUAAAAUACAGCACUUUUUGAACAUCAGAAUCCCGUCAACCGAUCAGGUGUUUAAAGAAUUCGUUAAUUUACGGAAGUGGGAAAGGCAUUGUAAGGAAAUGAAAAAACCUAUUAUUAAAUAUAGAACAUGCUGUUACAGUAACAGCUUCUCAAAUUUGCCCUAUUAUGUCAGAAUUCGAGAUCAUGUGCAGUAUAACACGAAAAAAGGGGAAAUUUAUAAUUUAAAAUGAUUAUAUUAGUAGUAAGAUUUAUUAAAAAAGGGUUUGUGAUUACGAAACAAUAA